GUCGCGAUUUCCAACCGUCUCCUCAUCCUGGGCACCUUCUCCACCUUUAAAAUCCCAAGCAUCUCUCCAACUCCGUCAAGCCUCACGCCACAACACCCAGAGAGCAGCCUAGCUAGCCACCCAUCGGCAUCACCAGUUCACCACACACGCGAGGCAGAGAGGAACAGAGAGAGUGCGGAGGAGCAGAGAUGGUGAAGAUCCCGAGCCCGAGGAGGCUGUUCAGGAGCCGGUCGAGGAGCACGGUGGGCGGCAUCGGCGGGGUGGACAUGUGCGCCAUGGUGGCCGAGCACGAGAGGAUCGAGUGGGAGGUGCGGCCCGGCGGGAUGCUGGUGCAGAAGCGCCGGGCGCCCGACGACGACGGCUGCGACGACGCCGUCGAGGCCAUCCUGGUGAGAGUAUCCGCCGGCUGCGGCGGGUGGCAGCACGACGUGUCCGUCGACGCCACCGCCACCUUCGGCGACUUCAAGGUUCUGCUGUCGCUGGCCACUGGGCUGUGGCCCAGGGAGCAGCGGCUGCUGUACCGAGGCCGGGAGCGGGACGACGGCGACCACCUGCACAUGGCCGGCGUGCAGGACAAGGACAAGGUGCUCCUCCUGGAGGACCCCGCCGUCACGGAGAGGAAGCUCAGGUCCACCAGCCUCGCGCAGCUCAUGGGGGUGCCCAGCCAUUCCUUCAUCCAAGUCUAAGAAACCCACACCCAUCAGCUGGUCUCGCUGUUUGUUUGGGCGAAGACCGGUUUAACUGCAUUCUUUUCUUUCUUUAGAGUUUUUAUGGGUUCAAUCAGGGCUUAGAUUUGGCCGAUUGAAUCGAAAAACGGGCACCGUUAGGAUACAAUACAGUACCUUACUUGUUGUAAAAUAUUGUAAUUUGUAUAAGCAGACAAUGACAGU